CAACAGCUGCUUUCGUUCCGUUCACCCAAGACUUCCGUGAUGUCCACCGAAACCCUAGCGCCGGAUGAGGUCCAGCGGCUGUGCCGGUUGUGCCUGACCGACGAUGACUUGCAGUGUGCGCUCUUUGGCGCGGAUUCCAACUCCAACCUGGCCCAGAAGAUCUUGGAGUGCACUUCCAUCCAGAUUGAAAACAUUCCUGGAGUUCCGGGAUUUCUGUGCGAGGUGUGCAAAUCCAAACUGGUCAUUUGCUCGCAGUUUAUUUCACAGUGUUUGAAGACGGAUCAGAAAAUUAGAAGGAUUUACGCGAAGCAAUUUGAGCAGUUUGCGAAAUCGCACGAGAAAAUUAUCAGCAAAGAAAGCAGCCAGAUUGAAAUACUGGAUUAUUUUGUGGAAGAUCCAGCUUCUACCGAGGUGGACGGAAAGCAAGGCUUCCUAAUUGAAGUUAUAGAAGAAGCAGAAGAGCUUGAAGAAUCGCAAAAUGAUCAGAGAGUGACUGAAACCGAGCUAUCACUGGAUGAAAGUUCAGUGAAGUUGGUCAACCUGGAGCAGGAGGAGAAUGACCCCUCCUGGGAACCUCAGGUUAUGAAUAAAAUAAAUUCAGAAGAAAUUGAAUUGCUGGAAGCUCCUUCGGAGAAAGAUUGCGCUAAGAAAGUGCAAGAAGAGUCACUUUCUGGGCAAGAUGAAACUCUAACCCCAAAUAAUAAGUCCAAAAACAGGGUAAAAAGCAGCAAGUGCACCAUUUGUGGAAUCCCUCAACAAAACAUGAAACAGCACAUGGCCGUUCACACCGGCAUCAAGAAACACGUCUGCCAGUUCUGCAACAAAGCGUUUGCCCAGCGGGGAAAUCUAACGAUCCAUCUGAACAUUCACACCGGAAAUAAGCCCCACAAGUGCGAUCAGUGCACGAAGAGCUUUGGAGAUCCGACCGCGCUGAAGCUGCAUAAGGUGAACCAUACCAGCGAGCUUAAGUACCAUUGCACCAUUUGUGGGUGCAAUUUCAAGUAUCCGCACUCGCUGAAGAGCCACAUCCGGAGCCACAAUAACGAACGGAACCAUGCGUGCUCGUACUGUGAUAAGGCGUUCAUCACGGCCAACGUCCUGAAACGCCACAUCCGCACCCACACAGGUGAACGACCCUACCGGUGCGACCUUUGCGCCAGAGCGUUCGCCUCGGACUGGAACCUGGCGAUGCACAAGAAGUCGCAUCACGACAUCCAGGUCACCAGGUCCUCCUCCUCCUCCUCCGGCCGGAGACCGUCAUCAUCCGCCGCCAGGUCAAAGCCGAACGGACCACCGUUUGCGUGCGAUCUGUGCAAGUCCAGCUUCCGGCUCAAAGCCAACCUCAAGAAACACAAGGCGAUUCACGAGAAACAGAAGCGACUGGCCGCCGAGAAGUAACGU